GAGGCGGCGAGCCGCGGCGGCCAUGGGCAACGAGGCGAGCCUGGAAGGAGGCGAAGGGCUGGGCGCCUUCCCCGAAGGGGCGGCGGCGGCCGGGGAUGGCGGCGGCUCCGCGGCCCCCUUGCAGAGCCUGGUCCCGGCCGGGGUGGAGGCGGACCUGAGCCAGCUGAGCGAGGAGGAGAGGAGGCAGAUCGCCGCUGUCAUGUCAAGGGCGCAGGGGCUGCCCAGAGGGAACCUCGCCGGCGCGGAGCCGCCUCCCAUGCAAAGACAUCCUGAGCUUGAUACAAGCCGCCAUCCCAGACAACCAGGUAAGCCUCCAGAUCCAGGACCACCAGGUUUGAGUAAAAGCAGAACAGUAGAUGCGCUGAAGACAGAACAACGGGCGCCUGGACGGAGCCCUUCUACUCUCAGCCUACGGGAAUCAAAGUCCAGGACUGAUUUUAAAGAAGAUCAGAAGCCAAGUAUGAUGCCCAGUUUUCUCUCAGAAGCCAAUCCAUUGAGCGCAGUCACUUCAGUUGUGAACAAAUUCAAUCCUUUUGAUUUGAUAUCGGAUUCAGAUACAACUCAUGAAGAAGCCGGUAGGAAACAAAAAGCUGCCCCAAAAGAGCAAGGGAAACCUGAGGAGCAGAGGAGUCCUGCGAAACAUCCAGCUCAGCCACAGUCUCCAAAGCCAGCUGUUCAACAACAAGGACCUGCCAGACCUACUGUCCAACAAACUGAGUCUUCCAAGCCAGGGCCACAGCAGCAGCAGCCUGGGGGCCCAAAGCAAGUUCAGAAACCAGGCCAUGGCCAACCAGCAGAUGCUAAGCAAGAGCAAGCGAAACAACCACCCCAGCCGAGAGGACCGCAGAAAUCUCAGCCACAACCAUCAGAACCAACAAAACCCAUUCAACAGCAAACUUCUGCAAAACCUUCAUCAGGCCCAACAAAACCAUCCCCACAGCAACCAGACAGCGCUAAAGUGACGUCCCAAACAGCACCUCCCACAAAACCAUCACCGCAGCAGCCAGGACCUGCCAAACAACCAUCACAGCAGCCUGCACGUCAAGGAGGUCCUGUCAAACCAUCUCCCCAGCAGACAGGGCCUCCAAAACAGCCUUCUCAGCAACCUGGACCUGAAAAGCCAUCUGCUCAGCAAACAGGACCUGCAAAACAGCCACCUCAGCCUGGAUCUGGGAAGCCACCUCCGCAGCAAACAGGGCUUGUAAAACAAGUGCCACCCCAGGCAGGGCCUACGAAACCACCUUCUCAGACUGCAGGGCCCACAAAAGCCCCAGCACAACAAGCAGGACCUACAAAACCCCCUGGCCAGCAACCAGGGCCUGAAAAGCCCCCACAGCAAAUGCAAGCUGGUGCAAGUCAAUCCACCGAGUCUGCCCCAAAGAAAACCCUCUGCCCUCUUUGUACAACCACGGAGCUGCUGCUGCACACUCCCGAAAAGGCCAACUACAACACGUGCACCCAGUGUCACACUGUGGUCUGCAGCCUGUGUGGAUUCAAUCCUAAUCCUCAUAUCACAGAGAUCAGUGAAUGGCUCUGUUUAAACUGCCAGAUGCAAAGAACGUUAGGAGGUGACCUAGGGCCAGGUCAUGGUCCUGGGCCACAGCCACUUGCACCCAAACAGAAGACACCCAUUCCACCUUCAACAGCUAAACCAUCUCCCCAGCCUGUUCAAAAGAAAGAUGUAACUCCAAAACCUGAUCCCUCACAGUCAGCAGAUUCGAAAAAACCUCCUCCACAAAAAAAGCAAACACCCUUGCCUGGGUCCCCUCCUGUAAAAUCAAAACAACCCCGUGCAGAACCCACUGAGAUUUCCCAGCAAAUAGAUGCCACCCCAAAAUCUGAUCAAGUCAAGCCAACACAGGCUGAAGAUAAGCAAAAACAACCCAGUGUACAGAAGCCCACAGCAGACACUGUAUCUACCUCUGUAGCACCAGAGCAGAAGCAGGAUUUGGCAGGCCCCAGACCACCAACUCAGCAGAAAAUGGCAGACUCCCCAAAGCCUGAGCUUGCAAAGCCAUCCCAGGACACACAUCCAGCUGGGGAUAAACCAGAUUCCAAACCUGUUCCACAAGUGUCCAGACAGAAGUCAGAUCCCAAGCUUGCAGCUCAGCCUGGGGCUAGACCAGAUGCUAAAGCUCAGAAGCCUGUUGAGCCAACGCAAACAAAAGAUGAUCCUAAAAAGUUACCAACAAAAGCAGCCCCAAAGCCUGAUACAAAACCAGCUCCCAAGGGCCCACAGGCAGGGGCAGGAGCCAAGCCAGGUCCAGCACAGCCAGCACCUCAGCCCCAGCCACCUCAGAAAACCCCAGAGCAAUCAAGGCGCUUCAGCCUUAACCUGGGAGGCAUCACUGAUACCCCUAAGCCCCAGCCUACAACACCGCAAGAAACAGUUACUGGGAAACUCUUUGGAUUUGGAGCUUCUUUCUUCAGCCAGGCCUCAAAUUUGAUUUCCACAGCAGGUCAGACAGGGUCUCAGCCAUCGGGCCCCCCUCCGCCUGCUCCUGCAGCGAAGCAGCCCCAGCCUCCACCACAGCCUGCAGCCCCUCAAGCAGCUCCCAAAGAGGCUGCUCAGGCUCAGCCUCCUCCAAAAGCUGCUCCUGUAAAGAAAGAAGCCAAGCCUCCUGAAAAAUCAGAGCCAUCCAAAGUGGAUAGUGCUUUAACGAAAGGAUCUGAUUUAGAAAAGAAACCUGGUUUGGCUAAAGAUAGCAAGCCUCAAGCUGCUGAAGCUAAGAAACCUGAUGGGCUGUCGGAACCAGAGAAAGCUAGCCAACCUGAAAUGUCUUGUCCCCUUUGUAAAACUGCACUAAAUAUUGGUUCUAAGGAUCCCGCCAACUUUAACACCUGCACUGAGUGCAAGAAAGUUGUGUGCAAUCUCUGUGGAUUUAACCCGAUGCCACACAUAGCUGAGGUACAGGAAUGGCUGUGCUUAAACUGCCAGACCCAAAGGGCAAUGUCAGGACAACUUGGAGAUAUGGGCAAGGUGCCACUUCUGAAAACAGGCCCUUCGCAACCAACAUCCAAACCAGCUGCUUCUCCUCAGAAACGUCCUGUGCCUGCUGUCUCCCAUUCCCCUCAGAAGAGUUCCACACCUCCCACUCCAGCAGCAGCAAAGCCAAAAGAAGAACCAGGCACUCAGAAGGAAGCUCCGAAACUUCAGCAGGGGAGAUUGGAAAAAACAUUGUCAGCUGAUAAAAUCCAGCAAGGAAUUCAAAAGGAAGAUGGAAAACCUAAACCGGGAAAACUUGUCAAGACACCCUCAGCUGAUAAAAUCCAGCUUGCUUCUCAGAAGGAGGACCCAAGGAUUCAGCAAACAAAAUUGACAAAGACAGCCUCCUAUGACAGAGUUUUGCAGGAUGUUCAGAAGGAGGAUGAAAAGCUCCAAGAAGCAAAGCUGGCAAAAACAUCCUCAGCUGACAAAAUUUUGCAGAGAGUUCAAAAGGAAGACAUAAAACUCCAAGAGGCAAAAUUGGCAAAGGUACCCUCAGCUGACAAAAUUUUACAGGGAAUUCAGAAAGAAGACCCAAAACUCCAACAGAUGAAAAUGGCAAAGGCACUGUCAGCUGACAAAAUCCAACCUGCAGCUCAGAGGGAAGAUACGAAACUUCAGGAGGUAAAAUUGCCAAAGGCAGCUUCAGUUGAUAAAAUCCAACAUGGAAUUCAGAAAGAUAUAAAACUUCAACAUGAAAAACUUAAGAAAACUUCAUCGGUGGAUAAAAUCCAAGAGGAAGGUCAAAAAGAAGAAACAAAACUUCAGCGAGGGAAACUCUCUAAGACACCUUCAGCAGAUAAAAUUCCUGCAGCAACAACUGCAGACCAAAAGAUACCCCUAAGCACAUUGGAAGAAGAUAAAGAAACUGUGCUCCCAGAAAAGAGCACACCACAUCCAGAAGACAAAAAGGCAGAAAUUACAACUGAGAUUAAAGACCAUGUUGCUGAAGAGAAAGCAGAAGUUGAAGCGCCUUAUAAGGGAAUGCAGGCUAAGGAGCAAGAAGAUGUUAAGAAGGAGGAUUUGACAACUGGGAUUUCAGAAGAGGUUUUGAAAGCUGAAAAAGCCCAGGAAGCAGAAAUUCCUGUUCAAACAGCACCUUUGCCAGGAGCUGACCACGUGGAAGCAGUGCGAGAAAAAAUAGAAAAGGAGGAUGACAAAUCAGACACAUCAAGCUCUCAGCAACAGAAAAGUCCACAAGGUCUGAGUGACACCGGGUAUUCUUCUGAUGGGAUAUCAAGUUCACUUGGUGAAAUUCCAAGUCAUAUCCCCACUGAUGAAAAGGAUUUACACAAGGAAAUUAGUAAAAAAGACACCAUUCCACAAGAAAGCCCACCAAGCCCCUCAGAUCUAGCUAAAUUGGAAAGUACUGUACUCUCAAUUUUAGAAGCUCAGGCGAGCACUCUUUCUGAUGAAAAAUCUGUGAAAAGCAAAGAGCUUUCUGAAACAUAUGGUGAACAGACAAAGGAUCAACUAAAAACAAAGCCUUUGCCCGUCACUCCAGAAUCUUACAGUUCAGAUGAAGAAGACUUAAAAGCUAUCAAAGAAGGUGAAGGAACCAUUGUAGAAGAGGGCAAAGGAACGGCCUCCUCCCAGGCACAGUACAAGGAAGAGCAUGAAGGAGAUGACAUAUCAGCAAGAAGGCAACAGCGCUAUGACUCUGUGGAGGACAGCAGUGAGAGUGAAAACUCACCUGUCCCAAGAAGAAAAAGAAGAACUAGUGUCGGUUCUUCAAGCAGUGAUGAGUACAAACGAGAUGACAGCCAGGGAUCAGGUGAUGAGGAAGACUUCAUUAGAAAACAGAUUAUAGAGAUGAGUGCUGAUGAAGAUGCUUCAGGUUCUGAAGAUGAUGAAUUCAUUAGAAAUCAACUCAAAGAGAUCAGUGCAGCUGAAAGCCAAAAGAAAGAAGAAGUGAAAAGCAAAGCCAAAGGAACACCUGGAAAACACAGAAGAAUGGCACGGAAAAGUAGUGCAGGCUAUGAUGAGGAUGCAGGAAGAAGACAUUCAUGGCAUGAUGAUGAUGAUGAGACUUUUGAUGAAAGCCCAGAGCCAAAAUACAGGGAAAGUAAAAGUCAAGACAGUGAAGAACUUGCAGUAUCUGGAGGAGGAGGCCUUCGGCGUUUCAAAACAAUUGAACUAAACAGUACAAUAACAAACAAAUAUUCUGAAGUAUCUGAACCACAAAAAGGUAUUUUAUAUUUUGAUGAAGAGCCUGAGCUAGAGAUGGAGAGUCUUACAGAUUCACCAGAAGAUAGAUCUAGAGGAGAAGGAUCUUCUAGUUUACAUGCUUCUAGUUUCACACCUGGUACAUCUCCUACUUCAGUGUCAUCACUUGAUGAAGACAGUGACAGUAGUCCUAGUCACAAAAAGCUGGGAGGGGAGAGCAAACAACAGCGCAAAGCAAGGCAUCGAACACACGGUCCUCUUCUUCCCACUAUUGAAGAUUCCUCAGAAGAAGAAGAACUAAGGGAAGAGGAAGAACUGCUAAAGGAACAAGAGAAACAACGCGAAUUAGAACAGCAACAAAGAAAAAGUUCUAGCAAAAAAUCUAAAAAGGACAAGGAUGAGCUCAGAGCCCAGAGAAGAAGGGAACGUCCAAAGACUCCACCAAGUAAUCUUUCUCCCAUUGAAGAUGCAUCUCCAACAGAAGAAUUACGACAGGCUGCAGAAAUGGAAGAGCUGCACAGAUCUUCUUGUUCUGAAUAUUCACCCAGCAUUGAGUCAGAACCUGAAGGUUUUGAAAUCAGCCCGGAAAAAAUAAUAGAAGUGCAAAAAGUUUACAAAUUGCCUACUGCCGUCUCUCUAUACUCACCAACAGAUGAACAACCAAGUGGACUCCCAAAAGAAGAGAGUGGUCAAAAGACAUUGAAAAGUGCUGAAGAGGUAUAUGAGGAGAUGAUGCAUAAGUCCAAAUCAUUUCAAAUGUCAAAUGAAAAAGAUGAAGUAUUUGAAAAAGAAUCUUUAUAUGGUGGAAUGCUAAUAGAGGAUUAUAUUUAUGAGUCUUUAGUAGAGGAUUCUUACAAUGGAACUAUUGAUACUAGUCUUGUUAUGAGACAAGAUGAGAGCAGUGAAUAUAUACAACCGAGAGGAAAAGAGAAAAAAGCAAGAGCUUCAGAACAGGUCUAUGAUGAACCACAGAAAGUUAGUGAUCUAGAGAAAGACUACUAUAGUGUUGAGACUUUACAUACUAUUGUGCCUCAAGAAGAUAUUGUUUCUAGUUCUUACAUUAUCCCAGAAAGUCAUGAAAUAAUUGUAUUAGACAGCACAGUAACUUCCACCAUGGAGGAAAAGCAUUUGUUAGAUGCAGAAGCUGCUUAUGAAGAGCUUAUGAAAAGGCAGAAAAUGCAGCUAACCCCAGGGUCUAGUCCAACACAACCAGCUUCAGAUUUCAUUCCCACAUCUGAUACAAAAGUGUCUGGAGGUGGAGAAAUAGUAGAUAGUACAUCUUUAACAUCAAGCACUACUUCAGCAAUCUCAGAUGUGUCACCUGUCAGUAGCACAACACUUUCUAUCCCAGAUGUUAAAAUAACACAGCAUUUCACAGCAGAGGAAAUUGAAGAUGAAUACUUAACAGAUUAUGCCAGAGAAAUUCAAGAAAUAAUUUCUCAUGAAACAUCAAUAUUGACCUACUCUGAGACAUCAGAAGGUGCUGCAUCAGUUUUACCUUCUGAUACAGCUUCCUUAACAUCAUCUACAUCUUCAGUUUCUACCACAGAUAGUUCCUCACCCAUAGAUAGUGCAACCACAGGUUAUGUAGGCCCAUCAGAUGGUUUAAGUAAACCAGCAGAUUCUGAAGGUGUCAGGAUAGUAACACAGGUUCCCUUAACAUCUGCAAAAGAGUACUCUGAAGUGGGCAUGCCUUAUGAAUCUAUUGCCGGAGCCACUAAAAAACCAUCUCUUGAAUCAGAUGCAGAAAGCGUGGAGCAAACUGCAGUAUGUUUGCCUGAAACUGCACCUUUAGCGGUGGCAACUACAGUUACAAAAUCCAAGGAAUAUGCAGCUGACAUCAUUACCUUUGAUACAUCCAAAGCAGAGAAGGAAGCAGCUAGAAAAAUUAAAAGUACGGUAGAGGCUGGCAGUGUCAAAAUUCAUCAUGAAGAGCCACGCAAAGAAUUGGGUGUUGAUAUGAAAAAGAUUGAUUUGACUAGUGCUGCAUCUGAGCAACCACCUAUAUGUAUAGCACCAGUACCACUACCAGUUACAGAGCCUGCACCAGAAAUAUCUUCUGUACUCACUCACAGUGUUGUAAGUAAGACCAGCAUGGUCUCCGUGCCUUCCUCAGCUCCUGCUGUUUCAGCUAAAGCAUUCUCUCUUUUUAGAAGCUCUUCUUUGGAUUCUUCUGCUCAUCCUUCUCCACCCCCACCUCCUCCUCCUCCACCACCUCCUCCACCACCAUUACCACCACCACCUAUUUUACCCAAGCCAGCCAUUUAUCCCAAAAAGAAGCCACAGAUUAAGGCUCCAGCAGCAACAGCUCCCACAGUGGUACCUCCAGUCACAAGUGUUCCAACACUAGAGUCCACAGCUGUAUUAAAGGAUCAUGUGGUACCUAUCACAAAAACAUACACCCCAACACCACCUCCUGUACCACCCAAACCAUCCUCCAUUCCAGCAGGGCUUGUUUUCAGUCACAGGACACCUGAAGUAACUAAACCUCCAAUUGCUCCUAAACCAGCAAUUCCUCCACUCCCAAUAGCUGUUCAUAAGCCAGCAGAAACACAGCCCAAACCAGUAAGCUUGGCAUUGACUUCAAGUAUGACUCUGAAUUUGGUAACCACAGCUGAAUACAAAAUACCAUCUCCCACUUCCCCUUUGUCUCCACACUCUAACAAAUCUUCACCAAGGUUGGCAAAACCCUCACAGGAAACCUAUGUUGUCAUCACAUUGCCAUCUGAGCCUGGAACUCCCACUGAAGCUAUAACUAGCCAGGCUGUUACCAGCUGGCCUCUAGAAGCACCUUCUAAAGAACAGAUUCCCCAACCUAUGCAACCAGUUUUUACUACAUCCAUGAAAACUAUGGAUAUUCAAAGUAUGGCAGGUCAGAGUAUGUAUAUUUCAGGUGCACUGCAAGCUAUUCCUGUGACAACACAAUCAACUUUUGAAAAAAUCCCUAGUUCGAAACCAGAAGUGGUAACAACAGACAUAACCAAGACCACAGUGUCUGUGGUUAAGGGUCCAGUGCCUGGUUAUGGUUUAGGAAGUGUUGCUAUUACUAUACCUCCAGAGCCACUACACAUUGUAGACGAGCCCAGAUACAGAGAGAAUGGAAGGUUCCAUCCCUUGGGCGAUGUCAUCGACCUUCGCACUUUAACUAAGAUGGACAUUGAAAUGAGGGACAGCUGUAUGGAUCUCUCUGCUGUUUCCAUGGACCUAAGAAGGCAAAUGCCAGCAAGUGACACAGGUGGACGGCCAGUAAGUACUGUCCAGCCAUCCAUAAUAAAUCUUAGCACUGCGUGUGUUGCUGAUGCUUCUCUGCCUGCAGUCACUGAGACGGUGACUGUAGUGACUUGCACUGCCACUGUGAGCUACACCACCAGCACAGACAGCCUUGUGGAUCUGGGGCACGCCAUGACAACACCGCUGCAGCUAACAACAUCAAAACAUUUUGAGCCUGCAUACAGAGUAACGGGCAGCCAGGCCUUCUCUGCAGGUAGAGAUGAAGUGCCAAUAAAUUUAUCACUAGGUACUUCAACACAGGCAGUGACAUGGGCUACUACAAAGCCUGUUACUGUGCCACCUGUUGGGGUUACAAAUGGUUGGACUGAUCUCUCCACUUCUCAGGAGCCAGCAGAGAGUGGAGCAGUUGACCUUAGCACCACAAAAUCCCACAGAACAGUAGUAACAAUGGAUGAAACUGCUUCAGGUAUCAUUACAACGGUAAUAGAAGAUGAUGAAAAGCCUGUAGAUCUGACUGCAGGGAGAAGAGCUGUCUGCUGUGAUAUGGUUUAUAAAUUGCCAUUUGGUAGGAGCUGUACAGCUCAGCAGCCUUCUACUACACUUCCUGAAGAUCGCUUUGGCUACAGAGAUGACCAUUAUCAGUAUGAUCGUUCGGGGUCGUAUGGUUACCGAGGAAUUGGAGGUAUGAAACCAUCUAUGUCUGACACAAAUUUAUCAGAAGCUGGACUAUUUGCAUACAGAAGCAAGAAUAGCUUUGAUUAUCGAGUUGGGGCAACUGAUACAGCAGUAGAUCUUACUUCUGGAAGAGUAACUACAGGUGAGGUUAUGGAUUACUCAAGCAAGACUACAGGUCCAUAUCCAGAGACUCAGCAGAUUUCUGGCCUCGGGCUCAGUACACCACAGUAUUCCCAAGCAAGAAUGGUGUCCACUGUGGGUCCCCAGUUUGGCGUUGGAAGUGUUUUAAGAUCAUCCAAUGGUGUUGUUUAUUCUUCAGUAGCAACUCCAAUCCCAUCCACAUUUGCCAUCACCACACAACCCGGUUCUAUUUUCAGUACAAGUGUCAGAGAUCUACCUACUCUCCAAACAAUUGACUCGGUGCCCUCUUUAUCAACUUUGCAACAGACUCAACCACUCCCAAGAUCAUAUAGUUUCUUGACAACUGUGGCAGCUGAAAAAGAUAAAGCAAUUACUGCCAUUGGUGUGGAGACGGGGUUGCCACCUCAUUCUAUAGAAACUAUUACCACUGAGCCAACCAGCUUGAUACCUGCUUUAACUACAGCAUCUGAAGUUUACACAGAUGUAGUUGAUGAUGAGGUUGCACUUCUCAUUGCUCCUGAAGAAGGCAAACAGCAGCAGCUUGAUUUGGAGCGGGAACUUCUUGAGCUUGAGAAAAUUAAGCAGCAGCGCUUUGCAGAAGAGCUGGAAUGGGAACGCCAGGAAAUUCAAAGAUUUAGGGAACAAGAAAAGUUUAUGGUGCAAAAAAAGCUUGAGGAGUUGCAAUCCAUGAAACAUCAUCUCUUAUUUCAGCAGGAGGAGGAACGGCAAGCUCAGUAUAUGAUGAGACAAGAGACAUUAGCCCAGCAGCAGCUGCAGCUUGAACAAUUCCAACAACUCCAACAACAGCUUCACCAGCAGUUAGAGGAGCAAAAACUUCGUCAAAUUUAUCAGUAUGGUUAUGACCCUUCAGGAACUGGGUCACCACAAACUACCACAGAUCAAACACUUUUGGAAGGACAGUAUGCAAGCACAGAAAAUGGCCAAUUUUGGCCUACUGAUGACACAACCACUACAGCUUCAGGAGUGCUGGGUAUUGAAAUUCCACAAAGUCAAGCGUGGUAUACAGUUCAGUCUGAUGGCAUUACCCAAUACAUACCCAGGUCUGGUAUCCUAAGCUCAGUUUCAGAAAUGUCUCUUAAGGAUAUUGAUGUCAGAGAGGAGAAGCAAUUGAAAAAGAGAAGUUCUAUGCCAAAAUUACGUGGUCCCUAUGAGGAGUUUGAGGAGACCCUGGAAGAGCCCCGGUGUUUCAAAAAAAUAGUGGACAGUGGAGUGCAAACUGAUGAUGAAGAUGGAGCGGAAAGAGGUUACACCAACAGGAGACGGAGAUCCAAGAAGAGUGUUGAUACAAGUGUUCAGACCGAUGAUGAAGAUCAAGAUGAAUGGGAUCUUUCCAGCAGAUCCAGAAGGAAGCCUCGUGUAGGGAAGUUCAGUGAGAGCACCACUGAGGCAGACAAAGCCAAACCAUUCUCCAAGGUAUCUAGUAUUGCAGUUCAGACAGUGGCAGAGAUUUCUGUGCAAACAGAACCUGUAGGAACAAUAAGAACACCUUCCAUCAGGGCCCGAUGGGAUGCUAAGGUUGAAAUCAUAAAGCAUAUUUCAGCUCCAGAAAAGACAUACAAAGGAGAAAGUCUGGGAUGUCAAACAGAGACAGCAUCAGACACUCAGAGUCCCCAAUAUCUGUCAGCUUCAUCUCCUCAGAAAGAUAAAAAACGUCCAACACCAUUAGAGAUAGGUUACACCUCCCACCUUCGCCCAGACUCCACAUUACAGGUAGUCCCUUCCCCUCCCAAAUCUCCCAAAGUUCUCUAUUCACCCAUUUCACCCGUUUCACCAAGCAAAGUUAUAGAGUCAGCAUUUGUACCUUAUGAAAAGCCCAUGACUGAUGACAUCAGCCCUCAGAAGAUGCUGCAUGCUGACAUGGCCAAGGUUCCUCCAUCAAGCCCAAAGACAGCAAAGAUGAUGCAACGCUCUAUGUCUGAUCCUAAGCCCCUGAGUCCCACAGCAGAAGACAGUUCCAGAGCUCAGUUUCAGUACACUGAGGGUUUUAUGUCAAAAGGUUCUUCAGGCUUGACUCCAUCCAGCACUCAGAAGAAGGUGAAGAGGACUCUGCCCAAUCCACCUCCAGAGGAAGCCACAGCAGGAACUCAGUCCCCAUAUGCUUCCGUGGGAUCAGUUUCACGGAGAAGGAUUUGUAGGACCACCACUAUGGCCAGAGCCAAAAUUCUUCAGGAUAUAGACAGGGAAUUGGAUCUGGUCGAACGUGAGUCAGCCAAGCUUAGGAAGAAGCAAGCAGAGCUAGAUGAGGAGGAAAAAGAAAUAGAUGCCAAGUUGAGAUACUUGGAAAUGGGCAUUAAUAGGAGGAAAGAAGCCCUGCUAAAAGAAAGAGAAAAGAGAGAGCGUGCCUAUCUCCAAGGAGUAGCCGAAGAACGUGAUUAUAUGUCAGACAGUGAAGUUAAUAAUACCAGGUCAACCAGAAUAGAAACUCAGCAUGGCUUGGAAAGACCACGUACUGCACCCCAGACAGAAUUUAACCAGUUUAUGCCACCACAAACCCAGCCAGAAACACAGUUUGCCCCUGCUACAAGCCCAUAUGCUCAAUAUCAGUAUUCAUCUCCUGCCCUGCCAACUCAAGCACCGACUCAGUUCACACAGCAGUCCCAUUAUCAACAACAGCAGCCUUUGUAUCACCAGCAGGUUUCACCCUAUCAGACCCAGACAGCAUUCCAAACAGGAGCCACCAUGUCCUUUACCCCACAGGCUCAACCACCACCAUCUCAACAGCCAUCCUAUCAACUCCCAUCACAGAUGAUGGUGAUACAGCCAAAGCCAAGACAGACCACAUUAUACAUGGAGCCUAAGAUAACAACAAACUAUGAUGUAAUUCGCAAUCAGCCUCUCAUGAUAGCACCAGUGUCAAGUGAAAAUAGUUAUGCAGUUUCCCAGCUGGGCAGUAAAUACUCUACCUUGGACUUGAGGAUAGGACUAGAUGAGAGAAACAGCAUAGCAAGCAGCCCUAUAUCAAGCAUAUCUGCAGAUUCGUUCUAUGCAGAUAUAGACCACCACCAUACAUCCCGAAAUUAUGUGCUGAUUGAUGAUAUAGGAGAACUUACUAAAGGAACAGGAGCUCUUGGUUCCAGUUUUAGCCUCCAUGAGAAAGAUCUGACCAAAACAGAUCGACUUCUUCGCACAACUGAGGCCAGGAGAGCACAAGAAGUGUCAGACUUCCUGGCACCACUGCAGACUUCCUCUAGGUUACACUCCUAUGUUAAAGCUGAUGAAGACCCAAUGGAGGACCCUUAUGAGCUCAAACUUCUGAAACACCAGAUAAAGCAAGAGUUCCGUAGAGGUGCAGAAAGUCUCGAUCAUCUAGCUGGUCUAUCACAGUACUACCAUGGAGAGGGCAGCUACAGGCAUUUUCCAAAAUCUGAAAAAUACAGCAUAGGUAGGCUUACUCUUGAGAAGCAGGCUGCUAAGCAGCUCCCAGCAGCCCUCCUUUACCAGAAACAGUCAAAACACAAAAAAGCCUUGAUAGACCCCAAACUUACAAAGUUUUCACCUAUCCAAGAAAGCAGAGACCUUGAGCCUGACUAUUCAAGCUAUAUGACUUCUAGCACUUCAACACUUGGGGGAAUCACUACUAGGGCAAGGCUUCUUCAGGAUGAUAUCACUUAUGGCCUUAGAAAAAACAUCAGUGACCAACAGAAGUACAUGGGGCCACCACUGACGUCAUCCAUUGGAGCAGGCCUUGGGACUGCACUAGGUCCAACAAUGAGAUCUGCACUACAAGAUGAAGCAGACAAGUCCUAUAGCAGUGGUAGUAGAUCUAGGCCCUCAUCUAGGCCCUCCUCAGUGUAUGGGCUUGAUCUAUCAUUGAAAAGGGAUUCUUCCAGUUCUUCUUUAAGACUGAAAGCCCAAGAAGCUGAACCUUUAGAUGUUUCCUUUAGCCAUGCAGCACCUUCUGGAAGAACCAAACCCACCAGUCUGCCUAUUAGCCAAAGCAGGGGAAGGAUCCCAAUAGUAGCACAGAACUCAGAGGAGGAGAGCCCACUAAGUCCUGUUGGACAGCCAAUGGGAAUGGCAAGAGCAGCAGCUGGACCCUUGCCACCAAUAUCUGCAGAUACCAGGGACCAGUUUGGAUCGAGCCAUUCAUUACCUGAGGUCCAGCAGCAUAUGAGGGAGGAGUCACGGACUCGAGGCUAUGAUCGAGAUAUAGCCUUCAUCAUGGAUGACUUCCAGCAUGCCAUGUCAGACAGUGAAGCCUACCAUCUCCGCCGGGAAGAAACAGAUUGGUUUGACAAGCCCAGAGAGCCUCGUCUGGAGAACGGACACAUCCUUGACAGAAGGCUGCCAGAGAAGCUGCCACACUCUCGACCACUAAGUCAACACCAAGAUCAAAUAAAUGGGAAGCCCCUGCAGUACAUUUUCCCUCAUACAAGGCUCAAACUACUGAGAGACCCAAAGGACCACACAGUUUCAGGCAAUGGACUGGGAAUCCGAGUUGUAGGUGGGAAAGAAAUUCCAGGAAGCAGUGGGGAAAUUGGAGCUUACAUUGCCAAGAUCUUGCCUGGGGGCAAUGCAGAGCAGACCGGGAAGCUUAUAGAAGGAAUGCAGGUGCUGGAGUGGAAUGGCAUCCCCUUGACUGGGAAAACUUAUGAAGAGGUUCAGAGCAUUAUAAUUCAGCAGAGUGGGGAAGCAGAAAUAUGUGUAAGACUGGACCUGAACAUGCUCUCGGACUCUGAGAAUCCCCAGCACCUGGAGCUGCACGAGCCAGUGAGGGCAGUAGAUAAAGCAAAGUCCCCGGGGGUCGAUCCCAAGCAGCUGGCUGCAGAGCUCCAAAAGGUUUCUCUACAGCAGUCGCCUCUGGUUGCUGCUUCAGGAGUGGAAAAGGGAUCUCAUGCCCACUCUGGAACCACUUCUGCCACCUCCAGUGCUGUUCCCAGCCCUGGUCAGCCCGGCUCUCCCUCAGUGAGCAAAAAGCGGCACAGCAGCAAGCCCACCGACACUACAAAGCCUGCUUCCCAUCCAAUCACUGGAGAAAUACAGCUUCAAAUCAACUAUGACAAACACCUUGGCAACCUUAUCAUCCACAUCCUUCAGGCAAGAAACCUUGCUCCCAGAGACAACAAUGGCUACUCAGACCCCUUUGUUAAAGUUUAUCUUCUUCCAGGGAGAGGACAAGUCAUGGUUGUCCAAAACGCCAGCGCUGAGUACAAGCGGAGAACCAAGUACAUACAGAAAAGCCUGAAUCCUGAGUGGAAUCAGACAGUCAUUUACAAAAAUAUCUCCGUGGAGCAGCUGAAAAAGAAAACACUGGAAGUGACUGUGUGGGAUUAUGAUAGAUUUUCCUCAAAUGACUUCCUCGGUGAAGUAUUGAUUGAGUUAUCCAGCAUCUCUCAGCUUGACAACACUCCUCGGUGGUAUCCUCUUAAAGAACAGAGUGAAAACGUAGAUCAUGGGAAAUCUCAUUCUGAAAAGAGUAGCCAGCAGUCUCCAAAACCAUCUGUCAUCAAGAGCAGAAGUCAUGGAAUCUUCCCGGACCCCUCCAAGGACAUGCAGGUGCCCACCAUUGAGAAAUCCCACAGCAGCCCAGGGAGCUCCAAGUCCUCUUCCGAAGGCCACCUCCGCUCUCACGGUCCCUCGCGCAGCCAAAGCAAAACCAGCGUCACCCAAACGCACCUGGAAGACGCUGGGGCCGCCAUCGCCGCUGCUGAAGCAGCUGUGCAGCAGCUCCGCCUGCAACCAACAAGGUCUGCUAAUCACCGACCUGCAGAAAGCUCUGUCUCCACUGGCUCAUCAGCCAGUAGCUUUGGCAGUGGAUACAGCAUGGACAGUGAAGGCAGCAGCAGUGCCACGGGAGAGAAUAAUCUAUUUCCCAUCCCCAGAAUAGGGAAGAUGAGCCAGAAUGGACAAGAACCAGUGAAGCAGUCGGGAGUGGGAGUGGCUGAUUCAGAAGGUAAAACACAAGUUAUGGGUGAAAUCAAGAUCGCGUUAAAGAAGGAAAUGAAGACAGAUGGAGAACAACUGAUAGUAGAAAUCCUUCAGUGCAGGAAUAUCACAUACAAAUUUAAAUCUCCAGAUCAUCUUCCAGACUUGUAUGUGAAGCUGUAUGUUGUCAAUAUCUCGACCCAAAAGAGAGUAAUUAAGAAGAAAACCCGGGUAUGCAGGCAUGACCGAGAGCCUUCAUUCAAUGAAACAUUUAGAUUUAGCUUGAGUCCUGCUGGGCAUUCUCUUCAGAUUCUGCUUGUCUCCAAUGGAGGAAAGUUUAUGAAAAAGACACUGAUUGGGGAAGCUUAUAUCUGGCUUGACAAAGUGGAUCUAAGGAAAAGAAUAGUAAACUGGCACAAACUGUUGGUCAGCUCCACACAAACACACUGAGAAGAGCUGUCUGCUUAGGGCACAAAACAUGCAGAGUCUGCUCUAAACAGAAUCACUUCAAGAAUAUAGUUUGAUAUCAUUGUGUUUAGCUAGUCUUUCAGAUUACAAAGUAGAAAAAAGCAGUCUCUGGGCUACAAAGCACACUUAAAUGAGGGCUAGUACACUUAUUUUUGCUGCAAAACACAGCAAAAGGAGAAGAAAAUCUGGGCCCAGAAGUUAAAGUGAGGCUGUUUGAAACGAAGACUGAUGAGAGGGCUCCAUGUUGUUGGACUCUUUGUGAAGAGAGGAAGUGUGAAGGAAAUGAAGGAGGCUGGAGGCAGGCGCUGACGCAGAGCUCAGCUACAGCUGGAGGAGUGUGAUGGGAAGUGCAGUCUGGUUUUCUGUGCAACCAGAAGGAGAUCAUUUUAUGCAAAACCACCUAGGGUGACUGACUUUCCAAAAUCUCACUUAUUGAAAGUGUAAAACUUGCUCCUCUGCACCUUAGGAUCUCUGAUAAUUUGCUGUAGUGAGAUUACGCCACUUGACACAAACUGCAAGGUGUUUGCAAGAGUGGUAAUGUUAUUUUACAUAAUUUUUUUCCUUCUUUCUUUUUUCCUUCAAAAACUAGGCUGUGGAGAAUCAGAUCUGAUUGUUUCAUUUGUUUCUGUGUGUUAACAAUGGAUAUAAACCACUCUCCUAAAAUGUGAUGAAUAAAAUUAUAUAAAUGGUCUAUAAUUUGGGAUGUGGUUAUAAAGAGUAAGGACAGGUUAGAAACUACACUACAUCAGAAAGAUAAAAUGCUGUUUCAAUGUCAGUGACACUGUGUUUCACCCCACCCUUUGAGUCAGAAGGUCUGAAUCAGUUUGAGAUUGAAGGGACUUAAGCACUGGGACUGAUGCAGUUAUUUCAACCCGUCCUCACGUUUUUCAGCAACCAAUCUUGCUCUGAAACUGUAGAAAGACAAUGAAUUUUAGGCUAUUUUGUGGCACUUGGGAGCAGCAGCCCCACCAUGCCAACAGUGACCCUCUCAAUGCAGGGUCUGUAUCAACACUAGUGACACAUUUGGAAUCCAAGGGGAAGGGACAGCAGGGCAGCUCCUGACUGGAUGCUGCUGCAUCAGAAUGAAAAAUAUCCUCUUGCUAUCUCAGGUGAAUGUCUGAGCAUAAUCCACUCAACAGCAUGGCUUCUUGGUGAGGAAAGAAAUAAAUAAGAAGGUAACUUGCAACUUUUAAGUCUGUGUCAGCACUUCCAAGCAUCAAGUCCCUUUUUCAAGGGUUUGUAGCCAAGCAGUUUGCUCACUUGGGAAGAAACUACUGCCUGCCAUGGCUUAGGCUGGCUGCUGUAUUUUCCCUUGUGGCAUGUUUGAAGAAAGGAGAACUUUUUCUCUCGUUCCUAAAAGUAUGGCAAGUUUUUUAAAACCCAAGAAUCAAUGGUAUUAACUCCCAUGUUAUUCAGACGUCAUUUAAUAUUUCACAGCUUCAAUAAAAAGUAGUUUCCCUGGAAAUAUGAUCUCAUGACCUUUGCAUACUUAAAAAGAAAAUUAACAAAUUUCUGCAUGUCAGACAUUUCUUUUUCUGGCCCAUAAAAGACUUUCCAGUUUUCAUUAUAUUAUUUGACGUACAUUGUCUUAUAUUUUCUGGAUAUACAUAGUACAUUUCCACAGUUUGUGCAAGACCAGAUGAAAAUAUUCUUCUGGAAAAUAUUAUAUGCCUAAAAAAAAAAAAAAAAAAAAAAAAAAAGAGGAAAUACAAAGCUUACGGUAUUAAGCAACUGGAUUGACUGUGAAAAAGCUACACUAUUUAAUCUGGUAAAACUUCCCACAUAGAUUUUUUGGUUUAUGUUUAUCAACUUAAAAUAUCAGCAUGGAACAGGAAUGUGAGAAGAAACAUAAAAAUUAUAUAAAUGAUACGCACACCAAGGAAACUCCUGUUGUUCAUAACCUGCUGGUAGCCUGCUUAACUUGCAAGCAGAGCAAUCUUACCAAAAUCUUAUUAGCUGUCUUAAAAACACAACAUCACUUACAGUGGGAGUAGGGUGUGUGCUUUAAUGUUGAAUUUUAUGCUUUCACCAGUAUAUGGAUACCCUACCUCUCAUAUAUUUUAAGAAAAGUCCUCUGGAGUUAUUGUAAAAAUUCUAUGUUUUGAUGUUGUAUCUGUUUUUAUAAGAAAAUACUUCAAAGAAAAAAUCCCCGACUGAAACAAAAAAUCCUGUGUGGAUACAUUUGACAUAAGCGUUGCUCUCUUGGUGGGUUAUCUUGCAUUCCUGAUGACUAUACUGUGUUUGUACUUUGAAAAAAAAAAUCUGCAAAAAAAAAAAAAUUCUGUGUGAAGUGCAAGCCACGAGGUGUGCAAUUUUGUGCAAACUGCUGGUGAUUUUGCUCUUGCUAAGAUUUGCUACAAGGGCAGCAAGUGGCACUGGUAGUUGCUAUGGAGAUUUCCGAGAGGAAGGAGCAGUCUGCGGCUGCCUGUAACCAUCAUCUGUGACUGAGAACGUGGCCGGGCGUGCUUUGCUCUCACACCCCUACAAAUGUGCCCAAUAUUUUAUUCCAUGCUUUUGUUGAGCGCGGCUGGAGGGGACAGCUGCCUUUGAGGCUAAUCAGCUGUCGGACACUGGUUUAAUUGAAGCACCUUUGGUUCUCUGGGCAACACCCAGAAAUGUUUCUGCGUGUUGAAACGGCAGUUUUGGAACACAAAACUGUCAUGGGGCACAAAGAGCGGAAUUUGUGAGGAAUGUGGCGCAGCCUUGGCCAGCUGCAGCAGGGAUGGGCUCCUCUGGCGUGGGCGAGUGUCACACCUGGGCACACACACUCGGCUUUCUGAGGCAGCGGCAUGCAGAGGUCAGAGAAUGCCACCAAAGUGUGCCAAGUUCCUUUUUUCGACCAAAUUUCUAGGUUGUACUGAAAUCACUCUAUGCAACACAGUUCAUGUUUGAAUGCAUAGUUUCUUUUUUUGUUGUUUGUUUGUUUGUUUGAUUAAUGAAGUCAGGAAAAACUCUCAUGACAAUGUUUUUAAAAAAAAAAACAAUCAAACAAGGACUAUCAGUAUUUUUUUACUGGUUUUGUAUAUAUCUCAGUAUUUUUUUCUUUUUCCUCAUUAAUUUUUGUUUAUUUUAUCUGGCCAAAUGUGCUGAGACGUGGCAACAGCUUUUAUCAAUUCUGAGUGAUUGAUUAUUAAUGAGUUCACAUAUUUCUAUGAUUGCUUUGAAGAUACAUAUUGCAGGGAGGCAAUAGCAGAGACAUUUAACUCUUUUGAUUCAUAAAUCUUCUGAGAAAAGAGAAAUUGAAGCUGCUUCUUAGUUCAAGCCUUGUAGAGUGGAAACAAGAUGAAAAAUGAGCAAAAGCACAGUGUGUGUGUUUACAAAUGACAGGGAUUUAUAGCAUUAUCAUUGUUAUUAGUAUGCAUAAAAUGAGCAGCAAACAGCCAUUCAUUUUUUCCAGCUUAAAACAAGACAUGAGAGUUUCUAUGAUGAAUGUUGAGCUAGUUCUUUAUCAUUACACUUUAAAGGGAUAGUAUCCAGGGGCAAUGACUGCUGCUUCUUUAUUAUUAUUAUCACAGUUUUACAUUACAUGGAUCCUGUAUGGAAAAACCAAAAACCAGUUUAAGUCAGUCACAAUCAAUCUGCUGACUUGAACUGGCUUUAAAUCAAGACCUAGGAAAUAUUUGAGUUAUUUUUCUGGAUGCUGGAUGUUUGCAUGGCUACAUUGUGGGAUAUGGUAGCUGGUAACCAGCUGAUAUUGAUUCAUACUUUGAGAAUGAUGAUGAAGAAAAAGAAGACAUCUAUUAUAUUGUAAGCUAGUGUGAGCCCAAUAGAGAUUAUUUAAUUAGGAUUUAGUUUCAUGGAGAUAUCAUAAAGAUGUUAAUAGUAUUUUUUUAAAUUAUUAUUUGAAUCAUAACUGACACUAUUUUUAACUAGUUUAUUUUCAUUGCUACGAUGUUGAAUGUCCCAGAUUCAUUAUUUGAGUAUAUAUCUAGAUAUGUACAUACCUAUGUGAAUAGCAGAGAAAAUUUGUGUGAGUGUAACUUAUAAAGGUAAUUAAACAGAGAGGAAAUUUAGCAUAAGUAUCCACCUACAUUAUAUUUAAACACUAGUCCUACAUGCCCUGUGAAUUUUCUGUACACCUGGCAUGUAGGAUGAAUUGCUCUUUAUAAAUGCAUAUUGCCUUUAGAAGGAAAAUAGGAAGAAUAAGUGACCGGAUACUCUCUCUUUAAACCAUAAGAAGCAUUUUAAUGUUUUCUAUAUGUUCUGUUUUAUUCUUUUGAAAAAAAUUAAUAAGCAAAUAUAUUGAUGAGCUCAAAAGUUAUAAUAUAUAUAGAUAUCCAUAAUUAAAACUAGAUGAUUUGAUGAGAGUCAUUUUCUUAAUUUGUUACCCUGUAAAUAAAUAUACAUUUUUGUAAAACAAACUGAGUUUAAAUUAUUAACUCCAUUUGACAUCCAAGCAUGUGAGUGUGUCCUUAUUUGAUUGUAUCUUAUAGAUGUUCAGUGAUGUGCUCAGGUGCUCAACAAUGGGUGACUAAAGUGUGUGCUGUCAUGCUACAGACAACAUGUACAGCAGACACAAUGUUUAAAAAAAUCCAAAAAACACCAAAAAAAAAAAACCCUGCAAAAAAGCAACAAAAAAAGAAGAAUAGUCCUUGGGCAAAUAUAAUGUUUCCACAGUGAAUGUUGCAUGCAUAGGUAGUGGUUUGUUGAUAUUCAUUUCAUUUUGAAUUUUUUUUAUUUUUCAUUUUGCUUCCAGAAUCAUCAGAAAAAAUCAAAACAAGACAGACUUGUUCUAAAAGUUGUAAAAACUGAAACAAAAGCAGUAUGAGAUUGUAUAAAAAUGCUUGUAAAUCUGUCCCAGUUUUCACUUUAUGUAUAAAUCCAUGCCAUGGUUUUGUGAUUGUAUACAGGAUGUAUCUUGAGAACUUAUGCAAAUUGUGCUCUAUAAAGGCUGUUAUCCCAG